AGCAUUCGUCCUUGCUAUCUUUGGGGGAAUCAACCACUAAAUUAAGACAGAGUUGAGGCAUAAGUUAGUCAAGCAAAUGAAUGGACUCUCAUUAUAUCCUGGUUUUCAUACAGCUAUUCAUAAAUUGAGUCACCAUAGAGUCUAGUUUAAGUGCUCAUAUAGAGUAAUGGUUUCAUGAUUCUUUGUUCCCGGCCAAAAGAGUUCGAGGUAUACAAGAUUGUUUUCCUUGCCAUCUGUCCCUUUUUACAGAUUUUAAUUUGAGACGUUUCUUCUUUUGUUCAAGGAAAGUCACUUGCUCCAAUACCUGAAGCUGAAGUAGAGUUCGAAGAAGAUGAGAAUGAAGAUGAGGAAGAACAAUGUACUAAUAAAGAAACCAAUGAAGGUGAUGUAGGGAAAGACGACAGAGAUGUCAUGGAAGCAAGCGCAGGAGAAGCUGAGUCUGGAACUGUCGAACUGACAACUGAAGUUGGUGAUGCUCAGACAGCUGAAAAAUCAUCUGAACAACAGUCCACUAGCUGGGAAGCAAUUCCACAGCCAAAGGGACAUUCACGGCUUGACUAUUCUAGAUGGGACAGGGUGGAAGAUGAGUCUAGUGAAGAUGACCAUGACGAUGACGAUGACGAUGAAGAGGAUUCUCAGCCGCAAUUUAGACUCCGCUUCAAGACUACUGGUGUGCGAGCUGUUAAGUAAAAUGAAAAAAAUAUUUAAUGCAAGUUGCAUAAAUUGGGCUACAUCAUUCUUUAUUGUUUCAUACGAAGAGAGCUGAAAGUUCAUUGGGAUUAGAAUGAUGGUAACUUGUUUCAUUCAGCAUCAUAUGUGGAAGUCUCUGGUAGGCUCUAUUCCUCGAGCCACUUAUUGAAGCUCCAGGUCAUGUUGAUAGUUGCUUUUUCUGUGAGCACAGAAUCAAUGUACAUCUUAUAUGAAGUGAUUGAGCAACAGAAAAUGAGAUAAUCGCUGGCAAAGUGAGAUUUGUGUUGCUUCUGGCAGUGUUACUUCGACUCUAUAGUGCUAUUUUGAUUGGUUCCCUAUGUCUGAAGACUGGUGUCCAUGCUGCUGGCUGUACGGUCUCCUUUGGUGGCACGAAUGUAGAUUUACGUCUUUGGAUGCAUGAUUCUGCUGAAUGAAUGAAUUGUAAGAUCCCCAUAAUGCUCUUUCCUAUUUCAUUGGCUACCGAUAGAUCAAAGAUCAGCAAUAGGAAGAGGAACAUACCUUUUCUUUUAUUUUUUAUUUUUUAUUUUUUGGGGGUUAUGUUGUAGUAUCUUUUUACAUUAGCAAAUGUAACAUAUCUUGUAUUGUUAAUGAAUCAUGAAUUAUAAUGUUCCCGUUAAAUUACUAAUAAUAUCUGCAGACAGCUUUGGGUAAUAAGCUGUCUCCAUUUUACCUCUUUA